AAAACAAGGCAUUUUAUUCUGUGGUUCAGCUUGGGUACAUCUGAGUCAGACCGUGUCGUUCAACAUCGUUCCAAUCAUCUCUCUUUUAUUACAAAAUGAGCUCUGAACAACAAGUAGAAACAUCAUGAUUUAGAGGUGUUGGUCCACAUUCCUUAAAGCCUGGCGUCUCAUUCAGAGCUCUGCUGUACUGCGAGUCCUGAUCUUUGAACUUUGACACCAAGCAGCCAAUCUACUCCUUAUAUAGUGGACUACUUUGGGCCAAGGCCGUCUCAAGCUGUUCUGCCUUCAACAGGAGGUCAUCAGUAGACUGAGUCCUAGAUCUGUUUAGUCAACUACACAUGACAUGAUGCCAAUAGGAGUUGGCUUUACAGCACAAAACAGAUCUGGGACUCAGGCUAGGUGAAUCAGAUAAAAUACACAUUUUACACUCUAAAGCGAUCAAGUCUCUACAGGUGACACAAUGCACACGAUAUAUAAUAGGUAGGCUUUCCUCUAGAGGAUCACUGGGUAAUGAUUAUGUCACAGAACCAUAGGUGCUGUUCUGGUCGGGGGUUUCACCAUUACAGUACAUGUAGCAUCCUCAGUAUGGGAUGGAAGCACCACACGCUGACAAGCAGCAUCCUAUGAAGUGCACUACUUUUGACCAGGGCCCAUAGAGUGCCAUUUGGAUCAUAAGCACAGGCUUAUGGGGUGUAUGAGGGAGAGCGAGUGUGUGGGGAGAGAGAUCGAUACGUCCAGCCCCUCUACCAGUCCCUACAGUACACCCAACCCCUCUACCAGUCCCCACAGUACGGCCAACCCCUCUACCAGUCCCUACUGUACGCCCAGUCCCUCUACCAGUCCCUACAGUACGCCGAACCCCUCUACCAGUCCCUACAGUACGCCCAGCCCCUCUACCAGUCCCUACAAUACGUCCAGCCCCUCUACCAGUCCCUACAGUACGUCCAACCCCUCUACCAGUCCCUACAGUACGUCCAGCCCCUCUACCAGUCCCUACAGUACGCCCAACCCCUCUACCAGUCCCCACAAUACGUCCAGUCCCUCUACCAGUCCCCACAGUACGUCCAGCCCCUCUACCAGUCCCCACAGUACGCCCAGCCCCUCUACCAGUCCCCACAGUACGCCCAACCCCUCUACCAGUUCCCACAGUACGUCCAGCCCCUCUACCAGUCCCCACAGUACAUCCAGCCCCUCUACCAGUCCCUACAGUACGCCCAGCCCCUCUACCAGUCCCUACAGUAUGCCCAGUCCCUCUACCAGUCCCUACAGUACGUCCAGUCCCUCUACCAGUCCCUACAGUACGUCCAGUCCCUCUACCAGUCCCUACAGUACGUCCAGUCCCUCUACCAGUCCCUACAGUACGUCCAGUCCCUCUACCAGUCCCGACAGUACGUCCAGUCCCUCUACCAGUCCCUACAGUAUGCCCAGUCCCUCUACCAGUCCCUACAGUACGUCCAGUCCCUCUACCAGUCCCUACAGUACGUCCAGUCCCUCUACCAGUCCCUACAGUACGUCCAGUCCCUCUACCAGUCCCUACAGUACGUCCAGUCCCUCUACCAGUCCCGACAGUACGUCCAGUCCCUCUACCAGUCCCUACAGUAUGACCAGUCCCUCUACCAGUCCCCACAGUAUUUAAAGAGUAACUUUCAAGACAAAAAAACUGGAUGUUUUAGGCUUAGUUAUAGUGAAACACAUCAACCCUGGUCUUCAUUUUGACAGUUUGUUGCAAAAGUGAUAUAUUCAGGCCUUUUAGUAUUAAAUCUAGCUCCUUGUCCCUAGUGGUUCAACUCUACCAUUGACAUGGUGAUGUAGAGGUGCCCCUAUGUCAUCAAAGGGAGGGGUUCAGUAUGAAAUCCACUCCCUUCUAGACGCAGGUUGUGGAGUGGGCCAAUAUAUUUAGCAUGAUGCUUCCUUGAAUACUGAGGAAUACUGACGUUACAUAACAUACAAAAGGCAGUGAAGGCACAUACCCGCACAUGACCAAAUUCAACGUUUUAGCUUACCGUU